AUGGAGGACAACAAAGUCACAUUCGCGAGCCAGUUCGUCAUGGAGAGUCAUGUGGCCCCUGAUACAAUGUUCUGCAAGGUUGAAGGGGUGGCGAGCAAUGCAAGGAAAUGCUAUACAGAGGAUUCAACGCAGCAGUUUGACGGCAAGAAGUUUUCCCAGAUGAUGUUUCUUGAUGGUUGCUUCAUUCUCCAUUUCUUCUUCUGCCUCUCAGAGCAACCUGAAAAACUAAAGAUGUCUAGUCACCAUGUGUCUUUGGUUGCAAGGGAUUUGUUCUUACUAGAGAACCAACUCCCUUUUGAAGUUCUCCAGGAACUAAUGAGUUUGAGGAGCAUAGAUGACGCAGGUGUUGAGGAUCACAAAAGCUGGUACAAGGAUGAUUCUCGAAAGAGCUGGUCUGGCCGGUAUUAUCCCGCGAAGGACCUUAGGAAGGCUGGAAUCCAUUUCAAGCCAAGCAACACAAGUCUUUUCACCGAUGUCAGCUUCAGGCCAACAUUACUCGCUGGAAGACUCUACAUUCCUCCGCUAAGAAUAGAUGACUCAACCAAGCCCUUGCUCUUAAACCUUGUAGCCUAUGAAGCAUGUCUUGGUACCCGCGAUGAUUGGGUCACUUCCUAUGUAUGCUUCAUGGAUUCAUUGAUUGAUCAUCAUAAAGAUGUGAAGGAGCUGCGAUCUAAAGGCAUACUCAUCAGUACUCUUGGAAGCGACAAACAGGUAGCAGAACUCUUCAAUGAGAUAUCUGAUUAUUUAGUACCUAAUCCCUAUGCAUACUCCAAGGUUAAAAGAGACAUCGAAAAUCAUUAUAGAAACGGCAUCAAGCGAUGGAUCCUUCAUUAUAAGGGUCCUAUUUAUACCUUCAUUUUCAAGUACUCAUUUAUUUUCGGCCUCAUAGUGACUGCCUUAAAAGCCUACGUAUCAGUAGUUCCCAUGAACCCAGUUUUUGGUGUCUGCAAAAUGCCUGCCGCAAAUGCUACCCUUUACCCUUAA